AUGAAGACAGGAAAUUCUCUACACGGCCAUGAUGACUCUGAGGAGUGGAGGACCAAUGAGGAGCUACGCACUUAUCACUAUGGAGACGAGGAGGAAGCCACGACUGUCCAGACCAGCACACACGCCUUCAUCGUGGACCUCAGAAGGCUAGCAGCUAUCAGCGAGUACUUCCGGGCCUUGUCCCAGUCCAGAAUGAGAGAAACCACUGAAAACCUUAUCUCUUUGGAGCAUGUUCCUUUGACAGUUUUCCACAAUCUCCUGGAAUUCUCAUUUAACGGGAAGUUUGCGGUCCCAGCUGCGGAGUUGACUUCACACAUCCAGGUGAGCAGUUAUCUGUUGGCUGAAGCCUUCCUCUCCCGGUGCCUGUCUGAGCUGGCAGCUGCACUGAGCCCUCACAGCUGUGCGUCCUUCCUGAUCCUGGAGCGGGACAUCGGCUGUCCCGAGCUGAGGCGCACGCUCUUCAGGUAUCUGAGCCACAACCUGCUGGAGCUGCCCCAUAUCGUCAGAAACCUGCAUGACGACGAAAGAGCAGAAGUGGUCCACCUGAGGGCUGACGGUCGCCUCCGCCUGUGCUGCGUCCGGAAGGAGAACCUGACCACGUGGAGCGACCCGCUGACAGAAAAGGCCCGGCACGUCUUUGUCCUGGGGGAGAGCGGAGAGUGGAGCCGGCUCACGGAGCUCCCCUUCAGGGCCGACAAAUGGUGCUUCACUACAGCGCUCCUGCACAACUACCUGUACGUCAUAGGAGGAUACAGGCAGCGUACAAAGAGAGGCUGGAACUUCAACAUGGCGUCCUAUAGAUACAACCCCUUCACUAACACAUGGGUCACCACAGCGCCGCUCCUAAAGUGCCGUAGACACUUCAGCGCCGUGGCCUGCUCCGGCUGUAUUUACGCUGUAGGAGGCUGGUACUUGGACUCUCUGGUGACCCCUGACGCUAGCACAGCGCUGUACACAGCUGUGGAGCGCUACGAUCCCUGGGAGGACACCUGGAGGUUUGUCUCCUCUUUGCCGCUGACAGACUUCCAGUUCACGGUGUCUCUUUCUCAUGAUGUGCCGCUGGUUGCCAGUCGCGGACACUGUUUUUACGUUUUGGGGAACAUCCAAAGAACCGGAGAAAAACUGCUACUUCAGUACGACACCAGACAAGACAGCUGGUGUGAAAUCCUCCCGACGCUGACCAGAGCUGAUGCAGACCUGCCCACUCUCUACUUCCUGGGGGCGUCAGAGAAACUGUUUGUGAUUGGUGGAAACAACUCGCAUAAUGUAGUGACCUCAUUUUGCCUACAGUCACACAGAUGGGAACAGGUGCAGACCUUUGACAAAGUAGCGUUCUCCGGACAAGGGACAGUGUUUGAUGACUGCACCUUUCUUCCAAGUACAGUGCACAAUACAGUUCUGAAGCUGGACACCCGGACCAUGUCUUUACACUCCCUUCCUCAGCUCCCAGUGCCCACCUCCUACGAUUCAGCCUUCCAUAUGUUCUUCUAA